GUGGGUUCAGUUCACUUUCAACAGCCAGCCUCAAUGGAGCUGCUCAGCCCCGCGGAAUGUCUUCACAUCGCCUUACGCACGCUUCAGCUGAAAGACGGCGAUGAGAAUUUGAUUUUACUGAAGCGACAACUUGAGGCGGGCUCCACUGAAUUGAUGGGCUAUAUGGGCGAAUACUACAAACUGCACUUGGAGUUGGAGGACACGAGAACUAAGUGCAAACACCAUUUACAAUACUUUGUCAAGAGUUUGCCCUACAAGAAUCCACCACAGCGCGCCGAAUGCGAACGCAAAGGCGUCUUUCGCAAGGAAACGUCUAUAUACAAGCGAAUAUUGCCUCAUAUACAGAGAUAUGGUGGGUUAUNNCCACAAUGCUACUACAGCAGAGAUGAUGUAAUGGUGCUGGAAGACCUUACACAGCAUUAUCGACAUCUCAAAGCCAAUGAGAGUUACAGCCAGGAGCAUUAUAAGUUGGUCUUGGGUCAUUUGGCCGCUCUACACGCAGCGAGCAUCGCCUGGGAGGAGGCGGAACAGUUUAAUAUUGGCGAGCGUUACAAGAAUGUAUUCAAAGAGCUGCUAAUGAACACGGAGAACGAGUGGUUUAUCACCGGAUUAAAGGGCAUCGUUUUCUUGGCCGCUCGACAUGUCAAAUACCAAACGGAGCGCGCUCAAACUUUCAUAAGAGAAGAACUCUUUCGCCUCCUGAGCGAGACGGAACAUCUUGUAAAGCCCUCGAAGAGCAUAAGAAAUGUGCUAUGCCAUCGCGAUACCUGGGAUCGCAAUAUCCUCUUCGGGUUCGACAGUCCGACGGCCAGCUUGCCGAGCUCUUGUUGCCUCGUGGACUUCCAGUUGACGCAGUAUUGCUCGCCCAGCUUGGACGUGCUCUUUCUGCUCUAUAUAUUGGUGCCCUCGGCCCAGGAGAGACGCAACAUGUAUGAUCAGGCAUUGGAGUACUAUUACGAUGCUCUUCAAGCUGAAUUUAUGCGCCUCGGUCUGCCCGCUAAUCUGAUUAGCAGGUCAAACUUUCUGGAGGAGUGCGAGCGAACGCGCUUAGCUGGCUUGACUAUGAAGGCGCUGACCGAGCCACAGACCAAGAUGUUGGCUGUGAUUAGCAAUAAGCUGCGCUCAGAGGAGCCGGAGAAGUUCGACUUCUACUUGAAUUGUGAUCGCAGCGAAAUGUAUUUGAGAGUCAUGCAAAUGCAGCCAGGCUAUGAGGAAACGAUCAUGGAGCCCAUAGCAGAGCUGGUUGACUAUCUCAUGGAGCGGGAGAAUGUCUCCGCCUGAUAAAGUUUAUCCUGAUU